AUGCGUGCUUUGGCGGCUCUUGUCCAUGGCAAGAGGUGGUUUAUGCCACUCAAUAUUCUCAUGUCCUACGUUAUUGGGUCAAUCCUGGGUUGGAUCCUUCUCAAAGUUGUUCACGUUUCUCAUACUUUGAGAGGACUCGUCUUUGGUUGUUGUGUCGCAGGAAACAUAGGGACGUUAAUGCUGGUUAUAGUUACAUCUAUAUGUGAGGAAAAGGGAAGUCCAUUUGGAGAUGGCAACGUUUGUAAGGAUCAUGCCUUAGCCUUCGCUUCUCUAUCCUUCGCUAUAGGAGGCAUAUACUUCUGGUCGUACGUAUACAGAAUAGUUCGGAUAGUUCCAAGUCAGAUCUGCAACAUUAAUUCUGACGAUGAUCCUACUCCUCCUCCAUUGCCUUCUUCAUCACUCUCAGAUCCCAUCACAGCUGACACAAAAAACAAGGUGAGAAAAUUGGUGGAAGAAAUCAGCUCACUCAUAAAGGAUGUUGCUGGGAAGUUCCUCAACCUCAAGCCUCUUCUUGCCCCAUCAAACGUCGCAGUGAUUGUGGGGUUGGCAAUUGGCGUAACCCCUCUACUUCGGAAAGCAUUGGUUGGUCCAAGUGCUCCUCUCCAUAUUCUUCAUGACACUGCUUCUUUGCUCGGGGCUGCUUUUAUUCCCACUAUAACCUUGAUAACUGGAGCAAAUCUUCUCAAGGGUUUAAGCAAUAAAUCGGAUUUGAAGUACUCAGCUAUAUUGUUAAUAGGAGUGAUUCGUUACGUGAUGAUGCCCAUAAUGGGCGUAGCAAUUGUGAAAGGCGGAGUUCGUGUUGGGAUGAUUCCAUCAGAUGAGCCUUUGUAUCAAUUUGUUCUGCUGCUUCAGUAUUCUGUGCCUCCAUCCAUUAACAUGAGUAAGUUUCAUCGAUUUAUGUCUCAUUUUAUGAUAUAUUCCCUCUGUUCGGUUCUAUACACAUCAGAUACAAUUUUUGGAAUGACUUGA